CUAUGAACAAUUUGAACUCUCGUUGCGUGAGUGAUUUUAGAAUUAUAACUAAUUAAUAACAAUUAGCUCUCACAUUUAAAGGUUGAUGGUUCACAGGUUGACAAUCAAUUCAUUCAUUCUGCUUUUCGUUAACUGCAAGCAGACAUCAAAAACUUGUUGUUUUUUUAAUAUCUGGAGCUUAUUCUGUUGUAGGUUGCUUUACAUGCAUUACAGUCACGAAAGACACCAAGUUUGUUUAUGAGUGUAUUUUUGUAUUUCUAGUAAAGUUUAUAUAGAACAAAUAAAAUUUAACAGCGAAACAAUGUGGCAGCUACCACACAAGGAAACAUUGAUAUCUCAUUCCAUUCGUACCAAGAAGUGACUGCUCUUGAUUGUAUUUUUUUUUGAAGUUUUCAGGAAGUGAAGUAGUUAAGGAUGGCACAGAGAUACAGUCCGUAUUUCCAGCGAGACAAUACAGAGCUUGCUGAACAAGGGAUGACCACAAAUGGCGCAUGUACGCCGAAGAAGAAGAAGACGACCUCUAAGGAAGAGCGUUUGCGCACACCUGAUAAAAGGUUUGGAGGCCUAACUGAAGAAGAUGUUCAAAAGUUGUUGCUUCCAGAUCAUCUUGCAGAGCACUUGGACAUCAUCUUUGUUGGCAUCAAUCCAGGACUAGUUUCAGCGUACAAAGGACAUCACUACUGUGGAAACAAUAACCAUUUUUGGCCGUUGUUGUAUGAAAGUGGAUUGAUUCAAGAAAAGCUAACAUACGAAAAAGAUUUCAAAUGUUUACAGUAUGGUAUUGGAAUGACAAACAUAGUAGCUAGAACGACACGGAGUGCAGCAGAGUUAAGCAGAGCGGAGAUAAAGGCAGGCAAGGAAUCACUUCAGCAAAUGAUCCGUACAUUGAAACCCCUUAUUCUCUGUUUUAAUGGCAAAGGAAUCUAUGAAAUUUUCUCUGGCAAGAAAUGUCAAACAGGCAGGCAGAAAGACUUCGAAAAUGUGGCAGUGUACGUGAUGCCGUCCACAUCAGGGUUGGUUGCGCAGUAUCCGCGCAAAGAAGACAAGUUGAUAUUCUUUCAAGAGCUGAAAAAACUUCGAGAUGAAGAGAAGAACAAAAAGAACAAAAUCAAGGAAGAAAGUGUAGAAACAGGAGGAGGGAAUGUAGAAACACAGUCAUAAUUCCGGAUUUUGGUCUGAAUGUUGAUUAUUUUGUGAUGAAUGGGAAGGUGGGUUUCCACGACGCAAGUUGCGGAUUGUGAAAUCGGCAGCGAAUUAUUUGUGAAAUCUUUGAUUUUUCUCAAGAAAAGAAAAAUAUGCGGCGAAGUUGACAUUUUGAUUUGUUUUGUUUUUUCCAAAAAUAGACACGAUUGAGUUUGUUGUGACUGUUAGCGUUAACAUCGCAUUGUUUAAAAAAUGUUAGAACUAUUUCUGCAAAGCGAAGAUACAAUUCUCGGCGAAUUGACCUUCCCAAUGGAUACAUGAUUAUUUCCACACGCCUGUAACUUAUACAAUGAAUUCUAUAUUUGCUACUUUAUUCAUUUUAUUUAACAUUUGUGAUUUUUAUUGUAAAUAUUAUUUAUAUAAUAAUAGAAUGUUACAACUA